UUUCCUCCAUCAAACUACGACGAGUCUCUUCGUUUCAGCUCACAUAACUGGUAAUGUUCGUUGUUCGGCAUGGCAAAUUUUAAUAAAUUGUCUUGAUUGCGUUCAAAUAAUUGUGAUAGUACCGCACAUAUGUAUGUGCCAUGGACGACCCAUCAUCAUUAACACUAAUUGAUUUUCAACAGCAGUAGAGAAGUGCCUUUCCAACGAGCAGUUUGUAUUGUGUUACCCUUGGCAUUCGUUCAUCGCCGUUCAAUAUUUGUUUUUGCACGUGAAUCGCUGAAUAUUAAUCGAAAAAUAAAUGUCUAGAAUGUUUAACGCUGUGGGCAGCCUAUUUAAAAGGCAUCCCUUUUUGACCAACAGUGCGGUAUAUGGAAGUCUCUAUGUGGGCGCUGAAAUGUCUCAACAAUUCCUGACCAAAAAAGUGUUGGUUGAGAAAGAAUCCUUAAAAGAGGACAUUGAUUAUCCAACCAUAGGCCGGUAUGCCGUUAUGGGAACAGUUGUUUAUGCUCCAUCACUCUUCCAAUGGUACAAAUGGUUGGACGGAACAUUUCCAGGGACCGCAAAGAAAGUCAUCAUUAAGAAGCUGGUUUUGGAUCAGUUUGUGUUAACACCCUAUUUGCUGACCGUAUUCUACACUGGUAUGGCAUUAAUGGAAGGAGCCGAUGACAAAUUUUUGGAAUUGAAACAGAAAUUUCUGCCCACAUUUGAACGGUCCUGUAUGUUUUGGAUUCCAGCACAGCUAUUUAACUUUGUGCUGAUAGCACCACGAUUCCGUGUCCUUUACAUGGGAGUUUGUGGUUUUGUUUGGGUUAACAUCUUGUGUUGGAUUAAGAGGCAACAAACUCCCCAGCCAGUUGCUUCAAGCAGUAACGAAUAGCUAGCUACCUGAAGAUAAACCAUAUUUUAUUUUAAUUAGUCCAAAGUUUGGGCCAUUCUAAAGUGAGAAAAUAAAAGCUACCUAUUUUAAUUAGUUCAAA